AUCUAACAAGUGAGAACUCUGUUUUCUUCUGUUGUGUAUUAUUAUUAUACGAUCUUUUCUUUAUCAGAAACAAAGUUACGUCCGGCGGAGAUCUCCGUCAAUGUCGGCGGUGAAAUUCCCCCAACUUCCGACAUCAGGUGUCCUGUCUCUUCGAGGGUCUCUUCUCGCUAUCGCUCUCCUAACCCUAGUUUCAUUCACGUACCUUUCCCUUAGAUCCCUUACUCCUCCGCUCUACACUUCACAAUCUCCUUCAGGAACACUCAUUGCGUCCGACCCUAAGGUUGCUGAUUCGGAACAAUUAUCGGACGUUUAUCAUUCGCCGGAGGUAUUCAGACUCAAUUAUGCUGAAAUGGAGAAGAGAUUCAAGGUCUAUAUAUACACUGAUGGAGAUCCAAAGACAUUUUAUCAGACCCCUAGGAAGCUUACUGGUAAAUAUGCUAGUGAAGGCUACUUCUUUCAGAACAUUCGAGAAUCUAGUUUUCGAACUCAAGAUCCAGAUCAGGCUGAUCUCUUCUUUAUUCCCAUAUCCUGUCACAAAAUGAGAGGAAAGGGAACAUCUUAUGAGAACAUGACUAUAAUUGUUCAAACUUAUGUGGAGAGUUUGAUAUCAAAAUAUCCAUAUUGGAACAGAACCCUUGGUGCAGAUCAUUUCUUUGUGACUUGUCAUGAUGUUGGUGUUAGAGCAACUGAAGGAUUGCCACUUCUUGUGAAAAAUGCAAUUCGAGUGGUGUGCUCGCCAAGCUAUGAUGUAGGAUACAUUCCACACAAGGAUAUUGCUCUACCUCAAGUCUUGCAGCCAUUUGCUCUUCCAGCUGGAGGAAAUGAUACUGAAAACAGGACAUCUUUGGGUUUUUGGGCCGGGCAUAGAAAUUCUAGGAUUAGAGUCAUAUUAGCACGUGUAUGGGAAAACGAUACAGAACUGGAUAUAUCGAAUAACAGAAUAAACAGGGCUACAGGGCAUCUUGUGUACCAAAAGAGAUUUUACAGGACAAAAUUUUGCAUAUGCCCUGGUGGUUCUCAGGUCAAUAGUGCUCGCAUUACUGAUUCAAUCCACUAUGGUUGUAUCCCUGUAAUAUUGUCCAACUACUAUGACCUGCCAUUCAAUGACAUACUUGACUGGCGAAAGUUUGCUGUUGUGCUAAAGGAAAGUGAUGUAUAUCAGCUGAAGCAGAUUCUAAAGAACAUACCAUAUGAAAACUUUGUUAUCUUGCACAAUAAUCUCGUCAAGAUUCAGAAACAUUACCAAUGGAAUACACCUCCUGUGAAAUACGAUGCAUUCCAUAUGGUUAUGUAUGACCUCUGGAUUCGACAUCAUGUCAUCAAAUACUGACUCACUUGAAAGCACAAGUAUCGAUCGUGUAUAAACCUCAGUUAUAAAUUCUUUCAUUAAUUAGUCGUCAACUGAAGUUUAUGGGUUGGGGGCGGCCUGUAAAGUAAAGUUUCAGAUAACUUUUGAGCUAAGAAAAGUGUUCUAAACAUUAACUCAAGCUCCCCCUAUGUUCAAAUCCAUUUCUCCUCUGCCCGUAAUCAAUGUUUUCAUAUAACACGAGAUAAAGACUUAUUCUUCUUUCUUUCAAUCUUAUAUUACAUUCAAAACCUGUCGGCGGAUACUGAGUAUCUAUCAAAUGUAUUAUAUUACACAUGGGUGAUCCAAAAAACUCAAGAUUAUUUGAAAUUUUCUAUAAUUUGUGUGAUUUUCCAAAGUGGUUGGAAAAAAGAUUAUUGCAUUAUAGGAAGGUGGGAUGGAUACUGCAA